AUGUCUCACCAACCAUCUGGCGGCGCAUCCAAUUCCAACAGGCCCGCCACCACCGCCGCCGCCUCCGCCGCCGCCGCCCCCGAGAUGCACGCGGUCCAGACCGCUGGCGCGCCUCAGGCCCAGCCCGAGCCGCUCAAGCCGCUCGUCGGAGAGCAGAACGGAUGGACCUACCGGUUAUACGUCGCCCAGCAGCCCCAACGCGCCCGCAUGUGCGGCUUUGGCGAUAAGGACCGAAGACCAAUCACCCCGCCACCUUGCGUCCGUCUAGUCAUCACCGACAAGAAGACGGGCAAGGAGAUAGACUGCAAUGAAAUCGAUCAUGCCAUGUAUGUCCUCAACGUGGACCUCUGGUCUGAGGAUGGCUUGAAGGAGGUGAAUCUCGUCCGCCACACGUCGGCCACCCCCUCUAUCUCGUCGACCACCCCAGCAUCGUUUGCGAAUAUCGACGAGGCCACGCCCGCCUUCUCGCCCUUUUUGCCCUCGAAUCGCGACAUACCCCAGUACCCCGGCGCCCCCGGCUAUCCUCCGAGCGUGACCCCCUACGCCCAGGGCGGUUAUACCCCACAGGCCAUGCCGUCUGUUGCGAACCCUUAUGGUAUGGUCGGCAACGGCUUCGCCGGUCAGACAGCGCAGUAUUACCCCGGCCAAGCAGAUGUGCACGGCGGGAUGGCCUCCCAGGCCAUGACCCCGUAUGGCCUACCACGCAUGUUCAACGGCACACCCGAGAUGCCCAUGCCGCAGCACCACAGGAUGACCGCCAGCCACCAGCCCCAAGGGAUGUUUACCAGAAACCUUAUUGGGAGCCUUUCCGCCAGCGCCUUUCGUCUCCAGGACCCGCAGGACAAAAUCGGGAUUUGGUUUGUCCUGCAGGAUCUCAGUGUCAGGACCGAGGGCACAUUCAGGCUACGUUUUUCUUUCGUGAAUGUCGGGGUACCUCCGAGAUCGUCCAACGGGGGUUCGUCGAGCCAGGUCGUCAACACAGGCAAGGCACCCAUCUUGGCAUCAUGCUUUAGCGACGCGUUCCAGGUGUACUCUGCCAAGAAGUUCCCUGGCGUUUGUGAGAGCACGCCCCUCAGCAAGUGCUUUGCCAACCAAGGCAUAAAGAUACCGAUCCGGAAAGAAGGGGGCAAGGGCAACGACGGUGGAGACGACGACGAUGACUAG